GAUGCAGAAGUUCAAACACUAUUUCCUAGCCUUGUUGAACUGAAGAUAUCGCAAUGCCCCUUGUUACACUGUGAAUUAAUUCAUCCUUGCCUUCCUUCCAUUGUAAAGCUUGAUGUUCGUGAAUGCCCACACACACUCCUACGUUUCGAGUUUCCUUUCCUUCGUGAAUUAAAUGUAACUGAUAUUAUGGGGUUGAGGAGAGGGCUUCACGUUGACCUCCACUCACUCAACGCACUCACCAAGUUACAAAUUGAGGCAAUUCCAGAGCUUGCAAGGAUAGGUGAAUGGCUCCCUUUGGAACUUGAAUAUUGGGAAACAUACAAUUGUGCCAGCCUGGAAGAGCUGCCAAAGGGAUUUAAGCGCCUCAAAUCUCUUAAAGAGCUGAGAAUUGGCCACUGCCCAAAUCUCGUGUCAUUUCCAGAAACGGGUUUGCCGCCCACGUUAAGAGUUCUUGUGCUAAAUGAUUGUGAGGGUCUGAAGCUGCUACCACAUGGAAGAUACAACGGCAAUUUGCAUUUCCUGGAAAGGUUGCACGUGUGGAAUUGUCCAUCUCUGGUUUGUUUUCCAGAUGAGUUACCCAGCACACUUCAACUGGAGAUAGGAGUUUGUACAAAUUUAAAGGCUCUACGGGAUACAAUAAUGCAAGCUAGUAGCAGUGGCAGCGGCAGUGGCAGCGGCAGCGGCACCAGAAGCAUUUCGCAUCUCGAAGUCCUGAAGAAAAAUAGAUGUCCAUCUCUCAAAACCAUCCCACCGGGCAACUUUCCCCCCUCUCUUAAGCAACUUGAGAUUUGGAACUGCGAACUUUUAGAGCCAAUUUCAGGGCAGAUGUUGUGCAAUAAUGCAGAACUUGAAUGUUUGAAGAUGUGGAAUUAUCCAAAUCUUACAACACUAGAUGGGUGCCUCGACAGCCUCACGCAUCUCAUUAAACUGGAGAUACUUGAUUGCCCUGGACUCGAGUUUUUUCCACUAAAUGGCUUGCCCAACGCCAACCUCAAAGAGCUCUGGAUUGAAAACUGCGAGAAUCUUAAGUCCCUGCCUCCUCAAAUGCAAAAUCUCACAUCUCUUCAAACUCUGUACGUUCGUUACUGUCCAAGCCUCGUGUCCCUGCCAGAAGGAGGUUUGGCCCCCAAUCUAACAUCACUUCGGAUUGAAUAUUGCCAGAAUCUCCAGACCCACCUAUCUGACUGGGGUUUGCAUAGGCUUACCUCUCUUAAAGCAUUCCGAAUUUCUGGUGCAUGUCCAGAUGUGGUUUCCUUUCGAGAAAAUGACUGCCUACCUCUUCCGAGGAGUCUAACCUGGCUUUCCGUUAAUGAACUCCAGAACCUGGAAUAUCUGGCAUUCCUGGGUCUCCAAAACCUCAACUCUCUUAAAGAGCUAUUGAUCUCAGAUUGUCCCGAGCUCCGUUCCUUUCUGCCAGAUGAGGGACUGCCUGCAACACUUUCAAGGCUCGAGAUCAAGAAAUGUCCUAUUCUAAGAAAAAGAUGCUUGAAGGAGAAAGGAGAAGAUUGGGCCAGGAUUGCCCACAUCCCCCGCAUUGAGAUAUUUUAUUGAUUCAUGCAUUCCACUAUAUCAAUUCAUGUGGAAUGCUGCUUUCCCUGCUUCAGGAAAGAAGCUGCAACUGAAAUCCUGAGUCCCCAAAUGUGGAUCAGCCCAUUCAUAGUUGCUCAUAUAUCCCUCGAAUGGAAGUGUACUGCUGAAUUAGAAUGAGUUCCAAGCUCAGAAUAGAUUCUCCUUAGUCUGCAGAGAUUUACUUCCUUCUCUCGCAUCAUUACUAUGGUGCGCCUAUUCAUAUUUUAAAACACUUCUUAGGCACCUUGAAUUUUUCUCUUGAAAUAUUUUCUUAUUAGACAUCUUCAAUUUUAUGGUUAUAUGCAGAAGGCCACUUCCACUUUA